CUAGAUUAGUGUACAGUUGUGCUGGUUCGUCACCGAGAUGAGUAACUGGAUCAUGUCGUCUUGUGCGAGAAUAGGGAGAGGGCUCUGUGUAUAAUGACUCAAAAAUAGACUCAUUACACACGAAUAGGGAGAGCGCUCUGCGUCCUGCACGCCAGCUUCUUUUGGGAUCUAGCCCCUGCCCGUUAGGUCUUGCGCAUUCGUGGCAGCAUUGUUCAAGUUGUUAUCUAGUCUCAGGAACUCGCAAUGGCUUAGCUUGUAGCAAACAACGACGGCGACGGUCAUGUGAUACGCGACGGGGGCUUUGCUUCGGUUACAGCGCUUUGCGAAACUUUCGUUGAAUGACACCGCAGGAGAGGAACCAAUCAUGGCGGAUUUUGCGCUUUCUUUCCUUCCGAGCUACGUUCACCCAGAGGACUGGUCCGCGUUACAGAGAUGCUUCGAUACAGUCUGUAGGAUCCAACACAUCGCUCAGUCCCCGGCUGCUGCUACUACUUCCACUGUUAACCCCUGGGAUUGUCGAGCCCGUCCCUUGAAAACACCUUCUGGCGUAAUCCCCGACCUUUAUCCCACAGCAGGUUGUAACGUUAGCUUCUCCGCGAACGCCGCUGAUAGCAACCAACCUAACGUCGCACACCCGCUGUGCGGAGACACUUACUCGCACGGCACGGACUGCGACGACGUGCGAAAUUGCACAGGCGGCUGCGCCGAUGUGCGCCUCCGCCAGCUGCGGCGCAGAUCCUCCGCCGCGUCCGCCGCCGCCUCCGUCGCCGCCGCUGACUGUCGUCCAGCUGGCUUCCACCCGCAGGACGCGGCGGAAGCAGCGGCGGAAGGCGUCGAGACGGGUCAGCUCCGUGCCGCGGUGGGUUCUGCCGCGCCUGACUCCUCGACUUCCGGCGAUGAGUUUUUUUGGGCUCGCGUAACGGUUACCCCUUUAGACGAGGCGAUUAGGCGUCCGUUAGAGCAUUCGCGAAUACGCUCUUCGUCGACGGCAGUUACACUUGGUCGGGGGCAAUUGCACUCGUCGUCAGCAGCAGCAGACACGCGCCGUCAUCAGCAGCCGUUUAACUCGCCGUUAGAUGCACUCGCACGUCAUCAGGAGCACCAUCGCUCAGCGGCUUCUCCGCCGCAGUUCGCGGCGACGGUCUCCUCUGUCGAUAUGACAGGGAAGGAUGCCACCACGCCUUUGAACGGCCGGCAGUGGCAAAGCUGUAGUCCUAAGGUAGAUGCUGCGAAGGAGCGACACGGUCUCCCGAAGCUGGUUCAUAAAUCGACGACACCGACGGCGACUGGUCGAAGCUGCGAUCCCAGUCGCAGCAUCGACGACACCGACGGCGACGCGAAGAUUCGCCCUAGGAGCGCGCCAGGGGGAGCUGAUGCGGCGGGGGGUUCAGGGCUAGGGUUAGGCGCGGGGAGCAGACCCGAGGAAGUGGGGGAAGGAAAGGGCGGAGUUCGAAUCCCGGAAGCGGUGUUUCUUCAGCAGGGUUGUUGCUGUCGCUGCCACGUUCGCAGUGCUCUUACCGCGGGAGCCAAUAGCGCGGAUAUAGACCCGUUGGAACCGAAGCUGCAGCUCCCAGUGGCGAGCAGGGGGGGUGAAGAGAGAGGGGAGGAGGUUCGGACACCGAGGACGAUUAGGGAUUCGCCCGCAGAUGGGCGUGCGAAUAGGCAGGGCCCGGUGCAGGGAGGAGCGGACGCGGACGGAGCAGUUACCUGGCUUGUCAGUGCCCCGUUGGCGGCAGUUGCGCGUGAGGCUGUUCGCGGUAGCAGCGCGGACGGAGCAGUUGCCUGCGCCGUUGCCCGCGGCGGGAGUGCGGCGGAAACACGUGGUGAGGCGGAGGGAUUGGAGGGAAGGAAGGCGGAGGGUCUUGAUGUGGAGGAACCUGGAAGAACGGAAGGUCGGAAGGAAGGACGGAAGGAAGGAAGGAAGGAGCUUGGUGUGGAGCCAAAGACGAAGAGGCAGAGGCAUGCGUUUUCGGAAGGGACUAAAUCCGAACAGCCUAUCUACGACGCGGUGCGUUCGCGGCUGGAGAGGCUUUCCUGCAUGCUCCGAUCCCACUCCGAUGCCCCGCCCAUGCCAUGCCGUGCCGACCAAUCCCAGAGCUCGAGAGACGCCGCCAGCCAAUCGCAGGGGACGAGGGACCCAGCGGUCCAAUCACAGGGCUUGAGAGACGCAGCGAGCCAAUCAGAGAUCGCUGUUGCAGCAGCAGUAGGAACCGCAGCAGCAGCAGCGGAUAUGGCAGCAGUACCAUCAACGCCAGCAGUAACAGCAGCAGCAGCAGCAGUAACUGAGGGUUUAAAUGCUUGCGAGCCUGAUUGUAGUGACAUCAAGAUGCGUGAGGAAAGGGAGUGGGUGAAUAGAUGGAGCAGAGGAGAAGUCUUGAAGGACCUAGAUGCGGAUGCUGCUGCUGCAGCUUGUGAUGAUUUUGGUUGUGGUGAUAGGGAUGGUGCUGGUGGUGGUGCUGGUGGUGAUGCUGGUGGUGAUGCUGGUGAUGCUGAUGGUGCUGGUGGUGAUGCUGGUGAUGGUGCUGGUGGUUCAGAUGGUGCUGCUGCUGCUGCUGCUGCUGCUACUGCUGGUGAUGGUAAUGCGGAUGCGGGCACAGAAGGUGGUGGUGGCGGCAUGACUAAUAAUGGAGACCACAGCGACAGGGGCACUAUAGCGGAGCAGCUGCUGGCGAGGAUGGAGGAGGUAGCGAGGCUGAGUGAGGAGAACGUGCGGUACCGAGCCAUCUUUGAGCUCUCUAUGGACCCCAUCUUCAUCUUUCGCCUGCACGAAGAGGUGAUUUUAGACUGCAACGAGGCCGCAGUCAGCAUACUACGUUGCGCCUCCAAGGCAGACAUCAUGCGCCGCCCGUUCCACCCGAGCUUCUCGCCGCCCUUCCAGCCAGACGGCCGCCCGACAUUAGAGGCGGCAGGCGAGGUGAUGGCGAGAGUGCAGAGCGGCGAGGCGAUCAGCUUCGAGUGGGUGCACUGUGCUCUGGACCGGUCGCCGCUACCUUUGUUGGUGCGAGUGAAGCACAUUGUGGCAGCAGGGCGUGACUACGUGAUAGUGGUGUGGCACGAUAUGAGGCAGGCGAAGACGCGGGAGGAGGAGCUGCGGCAAGCCAAGGAAGCAGCAGAGGCUGCCAGCAAGGCCAAGACGCAGUUCCUGGCCAACAUGAGCCACGAGCUGCGCACUCCCAUGAACGGUGUGCUGGGAGUAGUUGAGCUGCUGCUGGCGUCGGGAGUGAGUGAGGAGCAGAGGGCGCUGCUGCAAGUGGUGCAGGCGUCAGGGGACUGCCUGGUCCGCAUCCUCUCGGACCUCCUCGACAUCAGCCGCAUCGAGGCCCACUCCCUCUCGCUCUCCACCCACCCCUUCUGCCUCCACUCUGCCAUUGAGAGCACACUUGCUCUCAUGCGAGCUGUUGCAGUCAAGAAAGGGCUGCAGCUGUCAUUCAGCAUAGACCCGUCCACGCCGCAAGAGGUGGUGGGCGAUCCAAUGCGGUUCCGCCAGGUGCUGCUCAACCUGCUGUCUAAUGCCAUCAAGUUCACGGACAGUGGUUCGGUGUCGGUCUGUGUGACAAGGCUACAGCAGGCCCCACCCGUCCAAUACAGCCGGCCAGCACAUGGCGCGCGGAACGUCAGGGAGGCCAGUGCACAAGGCAGGGAGGCCAGUGCACAAGGCAGGGAGGCCAGUGCACAAGGCAGCGGAAUAGGAGCAAGAGGGGGAGGAGGCGGGAGAGGAGGACAAGCGGUGGCAGUAGCAGCAGGUGGAGGAGAUGAGGUCCUUGGUUUGCAAGGGAGGAAAAGGCAGAGGGAGGGGGAGGAGCAGGGGCAGGGGCAGGGGGAGGGGCAGGGGCAGGGGCUGGAGUUGGGGCACGAGAGUGCUGGUUUGGGGGGGUUUCAAGAGGAGCAGAAUGGUGAGAAUCAGUCUCUACUGGCGUCUGACUGUGUGCCUCCUGCGCCUAAGCAUGCAAGGAGCGGGCGGGUGAGCGGUGGUCCAACGGGGGGGCGGGUGAGCAGUGAUCCAAUGGAGGGGCGGGUGAGCAGUGGUCCAAUGGAGGGGCGGGUGAGUGGUGGGAGCUGGGUGGAGUCACGCGGGUGGCUGGAGGAUCUGGCCCACGUGGAACUGCGCCUAAGGGAUGAUGGGGGCGUGGGCGCCACUGGGACGGACGGUGGGGGGGCAGCUUUUGGGUCAACUCAAAAGCUGGCCCACGAGGAAAUGCACCUGAGGGAUGAUGGGGGCGUGGGCGCAACUGUGAGGGACGGUGGGGGGCCAGGGAAGCUAGGGUUGGCUGGGAUGCAAAGGGUGGAGGAGGAUGGGGGGGAGGAGGUUACGGGAGAAUCCUGUCAGCCCAUUGGCUGGGCUUCCUCAGGAAGCAGACAGAAGGGAGAGGGAGAAAGGGAGGGGAGAGGGAAGGGGGGAGGGGAGGGAGGAGCGGGGAGCGGAGGAGGAGAGCUGGGAGACGGGGGAGAGAUGAGAUGCAUGGGAGGAGAGGAGGGCCAGGAAGGGUCAGUGGAGUGGGUGCAGGUGCGAGUGGACGACACAGGCAUAGGCAUGGCGCCGCAUGUGAUGGCGCACAUGUUCCACCCCUUCACUCAGGCUGACUCCUCCUCCUCCCGCCGCUUCGGAGGCACGGGGUUAGGGCUCGCCAUCUGUCACUCGCUCAUUGGCCUCAUGGGGGGGCGGAUUACAGUGGAGAGCUGCCCGGGUGCCGGGUCCUCUUUCAGGUUCUGCGUUCCCUUUCUUAGCGUGCGAACAGAUAAGGUGUCGAUUGUGGGGAUGGAUACGCCUACCCCAGAUGCACUUGCAGGUGGUGGCACCUUCCGUAAACUGCAAACCACCUCCCCUGUUCCCACCUCCCCUGCUCCCACCUCUGCUCCUGCCACGUCUCCUGUGCGCGCCACCUCCUCUGCACCGUGCUCUCAGGUGCCUCACCCUGCUCCUGCUGCACCUGCUUGCUCCUCCCCACCACAGCAUGCCAGCAGCAGCCCCAGGGGGGGCACUUUUGAGGCGCCUCAAAGCAGCCCCAGGGGGGCCGCGAUACCUUUCCCUUCCACACCCGCCUCUCCAAAACCACCAGCCCCAGAACCACCUGACCCAGAACUACCCGCCCCAGAACCACCCGCCCCGCCUGACCCAGCACCAGCCGCCCUGGCAGAGAGUAACGCAUCAUUCCCGAUGCAGGACGUGUCAGUACGCCCUCCCCCAGACCAACCUGACCAUGCCUCAGUUGAGCCUAAACCCACCGCAAGGCAUAAACUCACUGAAAGGCCUAGACUCACUGCACUGGACUCACAUCAGCCUGAAUGCCACCCAUCCCCCUCACACCAUCCCCCUCCCUCACACCACCCCCCUCCCUCACACCAGCCCCCUCCCUCACACCACCCCCCUCCCUCACACCAUCCCCCUUUCUCACACCAGCCUUCUCCCCCACACCACCCAUCCCCCCCACACCAUCCCCCUCCCUCACACCAGCCUCCUCCCGCUAUCCCUCCACCUCCCGGCCUUAGUUCUCUGCCCCACGCCCCAGCAGUGGCCUCCCUCUCACCUUCCCACUCACCUUCCCAUGCACCGUCCCACUCACCCUCACUGCCGCCUAGUUCUGAGGCGACUCACACCAGCACGCCUCCUCCUCAUCCUCAUUUGAAGGCGACUCAAAGCAGCUCUCUGUGCUUUGAUGCGACUAAGAACAUCAACGCAACUGGCAACGCGACCGGCCGCACAACUGACCGUACAACUUAUUGUGCAACAACAGUCAGUAACAGUCCUGAUGAGCGCGAGGCGCUUCGCCGUGUGUGUGACGACGGCAUCAACAGCGGUGGCAGGAGUGGAUUGGCAGUCCCUGGUGCUAAGGAGGUGGCAGAACAAGCUGCUGUGGACAGCAUUCGGGUGGGAGCACCAGCUGGUGUAAACAGCGCGGGGAGGAGAGCACAGGAGGCAGACCAGGGGGUGAACGGAGUCCGUGCAAGGGAGCAGGGAGAGGAGCGGGUAGAGGAGCAGGGGGAGAAGCAGGGGGAGAAGCAGGGGGAGGAGCAGGGGGGGAUGGAGGGGGAGAAGCAGAGGGAGAAGCAGGGCAAUGGGCAUUACAGGGUUCAACCCGAGCCUCCGUGGAUGGAUGAAGCCAAGUCACCGUUUGAAGGCCUGCGGUGCCUUGUAGCUGAGGACAACAGGGUGAACCAGCUGGUGGUGACUCGCAUGCUCCGUAGCCUGGGCGUGGCAUGUGACGUGGCUGUCAAUGGGAAGGAGGCCGUUGCCAAGUGCUCGGAGAGGGACUACGACCUUGUGCUCAUGGACUGCCACAUGCCUGAGAUGGAUGGCUUUGAGGCAACGCGACUCAUCCGACAAAAUUGUCAUUAUGAGAAUGAAGCUCCGGACAUUUAUAAUAACGGCACCGGUGGUGUAGCUGCUCCCACGUGCGGUGCUGCAGCAGCGACACAAGCGGAGCUGAUGGGGAGAGGUGCGGCCGAUCAUGAUACCGAGCUCCGGAUUUGUAAAUACCGUCAGGAGCAGCAUCAGCGUCAACGUCGGCCGCGCAUCAUAGCUUUAACUGCCAGCGCUUUGGCGUCGGAUAGGCAAAGGUGCAUGGAGGUGGGGAUGGAUAGCUUCAUUACGAAGCCUCUGAAGCCUUCGGAGUUGCAACGAGCAUUGCAUAGCAACUCAUUAUAAUAGUAUAUUGUGGCUUGGUGUAGAAACCUCCGCAAUUACAAAUAUGAAGUGUACAAAUGAUUCCAGUU